AUGCACUUGAUCUCAUUGGUUAUCAGCAUCCUCGUCUCUGCAAUAGUGGCUAGGACCUCACAAUCUCUUGAGCCCACGCUCAACCUCGAAGUGAUAUUCAUGUCAAAGACGACUCUUGGCUCGGCAUUGAAUACCACGAGCCCAUUCGGCACACGGAUGCACGCACCCCUCACCGGAGGGAACCUCACAGAUCCCAAGACGGGCGAGGUCGUCGCGACGCUUCUGCAGACAACAGAUAACGGCAUUUUCAGCGAUUCGGGGAUAUUCUUUCCCUCUGCUGUCCUACCAUAUGUUUGGACCGUAGAUGGGCAUCUUGCCUCGAUGACUGUUCACGGCGUCGGGGCCUUGAACGGCCUUACCUACAACUACGUGCAUGUUGAAACGGACUCGCCCACGUACUCGUGGAUGAACAGCAACUUCUUCGUAUUCAAGGCGAUGGUGACUAUGGAUCCCCCGGAGAUUACUUCUGCAUUAUAUGGCGUCACUAACACGACGAGUUGA